GAGUUGUCGAGUUUUUCGUUCGUCGUGCUAUCAUUCCUCUGGGCGGCGCGAUCCGAUGAAAGUCCUUCGCAACGCGAUCUCGGGGUCGCGACACAGAUACACCCAAGACGGCUACGACCUGGACCUGACGUAUAUCCACGACAGAGUGCUGGCGAUGGGGUACCCCGCCUCUGGGGUCGAAAAAACAUACCGCAACGAUGUCGCAGACGUAUCCGCGUUCUUAAACAAGAAGCAUCAAGAUAAAUACUAUAUCUACAAUCUGAGCGAGCGACACUACGACGGCCACAAGUUUGGCGAUCGUGUCGACGAAUGUGGGUUCCCUGACCACCACCCUCCACCUCUUCAAGUGCUCGUGGACAUUCUGAACCGAAUGCUCGACUGGUACACGCGGGACCCCGACAACGUUGUGGUUGUGCAUUGCAUGGCCGGGAAAGGCCGCACGGGUGUCGUUAUCACUUGCUUCUUGAUCGUUAUCGGCUUUUUCGAAGACGAGUAUGGCAUUUCGAUCUACCACAAGUCGGACCAGGACUUGCUCGAGUAUGUUCAGAUGGUGAACGGCAUCUUUUGGAAGAAGCGAGGACAAGGAGUGCGGUACCCCAGUCAAGCUCGAUAUGUCUUUUACUUCAUCAAGUACUUGUCGCGAUUGCCUUAUCGACCGGAUCGCAUGGGGUACCGUCUUCCACCGCUCCCGCGUCCUUCGAAGCUCUUUCUCCGGCAGAUCGUACUGACGGGCGUGCCGUACGUGGAUGCGAGCGGGUGUUCUCCGUUUCUGCUUGUGCACCCUGCGCCAUCCGAGCACGUCCCAUCCAAAAUUUUGUACAACUCGGCGUGGGACACCCCGCAGCUCGAGUCGUAUUCGGACCCUCGAGCGAUCGUCGUGUUUCGAACGGAGUGCAUCGUCGAAGGGGAUUUUCUCGUGCGGGUGUACCAUUCCAACUCGACGGCGGUGUUGGGGAAGAAGGAGAGCCAGCUGUGUCACUUUACUCUGCGCACAGACUUUGUCGUGACGCAACCGAUGACGACCCGCAGCCUCUCGUACGUGCUGACCAAGGCCGACAUUGACGACGCGAGUGACAACAAGCGGUUCCCCGACCACUUUACGAUCGAGUGCGAGUUUGAAGAAGUACACCAGCAACAGUCUCACCCGCAGCAUCUUCAAAUGCUCCCAAACCCAGACAUGGUGUCGCUGCGCCAGCUCAUGCCCCACGACGUCCGUGAAAAGGAACAAUUCAUCAAGCGUGGGUGGCUCAUGAAACAAGGCGGAUUUGUGCAAAACUGGAAACGACGGUGGUGUGUCGCCAAAGACGGAAAACUCACGUAUUACAAGAGCGAAACCAAGCUCCAAGCGAACGGAACGGUCUCGCUGGAAGGCGCAACUGUCGAUCGAUGGGCUGGUCACGAAAAGGUCAUGGGCAAAAUCGGCCACCCGUGCCAUUUCUUCAAGGUGGAGCCGCCGUCCGGUGGUCAGAAGAAACGCAUCUACUACUUUGGCGCCGACACGGAAGUGGACAUGAUGGAUUGGAUACGUGUGAUCCUAGCUUCGACGGCGCCCCUAAAUCGUGGCACACUCCAGCGGUCGCAGAGUGUCUCGGCGAGCGGCAUCGGUCGCAUGAGUGCAUCAUAUGCCGAAGACAACAAUUCGUUUGUGAGCACGACGAGUUCCUGGACGAAUCGCAGUCAAGCCACAGCGUCGAGCUCGUGCCGCAACAACAACAAUCUGUCGAAUCGAAGCUCGGUGCCGACGACAACAAGCAGCACGACGAGCAGCGGCUUCCACACUGGCUCGAGCACGGGCCGUCUCAUGGCGCGCCUAUCGUUUGAUGAUCGCGUGACCCGCAUGGACUCGAAGAAAUUGACCAUGGCGGCAUCGCCAUGUGAACCUGCCGUCGUCUCGACGUACGAGUACUCGACGGAAGAACUCCUAUCCGCGGCCGACUUGCAAGAUCACUUGAAGGAAACCGGCCAGUUUCUCGCGUUCUGUGCCAUGCCGCGCGUGGAAGCCAUUCAGCUCGUGCUCUUGCUCGCCCAUGACAUGUUUCCCAGUCUGUUGGAUGCAGUCGACGAAGAUAGCGCGCACUUGGUCGACAUGGUCGCGGGCCGACAGAGUUUCAAGUAGAGUAGCACAGUCCCAGUGUAUUUAACGACAGAAAUCGACCACACAACACACAGCAUCGUACUGUCUUUGCUCUCCAACGCAUGUUUCACCCAGCAGUGCAGCACCGUUGGUUAGCCAUGCCGUAUCUCCUCUGCGUGUGUGGAUCGUGCCAUGGUCAAGCCGUCCGCGCAGGCCACUCUUCCGCUGUGACAUCAAGUGCGUCGAUUCGAACGGUACCAAGACGGAUGUGCAAGUCCGACCGUCGGGGCCACGACCGGUAGGUCCCAAGUAGACCAGCCACCACACUCGGAGGAUGCGAUCGGCGGCGGUUGCACGAAGGUCGUUUCGACGAGCGAUCUUUUCCCGUGGAGAUAUUCCAUGCAUAUUCG